UGACCAGGUUCCAGUGAAGUCCCUCUGGUUUCGGGCUGGAUUUGCCAGUUGGUUGUUUUGAACGCAAUCAUUCGGCGAGUGCUCAUGUUAUCUCAUACUUGAGUAUUUUGCGGAGUGACUUGUCGUGGUCAAGCUUGUCGCAACAACUUUAUGCAGCUGCCCCAUCUGGCAGCGGAGGGAUGCCCCUUCUGCCUCUGUGAGUCUUCAUGGCUGGUCUAAGCAUUAAACAUGGUCCCUCCUACGGCAUUCUCUUAAUUCCCGGAUGUUAUGGAUUAUCAACCCAAGCUACACAUCUUCAUUAUGUAUAGGCUGCAUCCUAACAGUGGAAGUCCGCAGUGAUUAUAGUUAAGACCAACCAAGUCACUGGACAACUAGAAUUAGUCUGUCAAGUUAACCAGUAAAGGAGAUUUACAUUAGAGCGGCAUUGCAUCCUAGAUUGUAUUAUCCUACAUGGAUGAUGUAGGAUUUCCAUUCUUAGAAAGACAUUCUUGUAGUUGGGAUGGCCACAGACAAGGGUCAGCCCCUCCUUCAGCUCCAGGAGGUGGACUCCAGCCGAGUGGGCUGCCGCAUCCUCUCCCCCAUCCACAACGCCUCCUCCCCGCCGGGUCUGUCCAUCGAAACCAGCCAGCCCAUCUGUAUUCCCUCCCCUUACACCGACCUCAGCCAUGACUUUACCACCAUCCCUUUCUACAGUCCAACUAUCUUCUACACUGGGCCAGGGCUUUCAGACUGCUCACCUGUGCACCAGUCCCUAAGGCCCUCCUUAUUCUGGCCAGGUCACGGGCAUAUGGGCCCGCCCGGACCGCUGCACCCUUCCCAGGCACGGCCACAGCAGAGCCAGCCUGGUCAAAGUCCAUGGGUGGAGUUAUCACCAGGUGACUGUGAGUUGACUGCCAGCAAGCGCCGGCGUUCCCAGGAGAGCGAGGAAGUCGUGGUGUCAUCGGGCGGGAAAGCAGACCUCCACUUCUGUGCUGUUUGCCAGGACUAUGCCUCAGGCUACCAUUACGGCGUCUGGUCUUGUGAAGGAUGUAAGGCCUUCUUUAAGAGGAGCAUUCAAGGCCAUAACGACUACAUCUGCCCGGCAACCAAUCAGUGUACCAUCGACAAGAACCGUCGUAAGAGCUGUCAGGCGUGUCGUCUUCGCAAGUGCUAUGAAGCUGGCAUGACCAAAUGUGGCAUGCGCAAAGAGCGUGGAAACUACAGGAACCAGCAGAGGCGGCGCGUGAGCUUGUCCUCGCACAGCAAGACUAACGGAGCACCGGCGUUAACGGAACCGGCGGCCAUUACCGAGCUCAACCCACCCGCUUUGACCCCGGAGCAGCUAAUACAGCAAAUAAUGGAGGCGGAGCCACCUGAGAUUUACCUGAUGAAGGAUAUAAGGAGACCACUCACCGAAGCCAACGUCAUGAUGUCUCUGACUAACCUCGCUGAUAAGGAGCUGGUUCACAUGAUCAGCUGGGCCAAGAAGAUCCCAGGGUUUGUGGAGCUCAGUCUUCUGGACCAGGUGCACAUGUUGGAGUGCUGCUGGCUGGAGGUGCUAAUGAUAGGACUGAUGUGGAGGUCAGUCAACCAUCCAGGGAAACUCAUCUUCUCACCUGACCUCAGUCUGAGCAGAGAAGAGGGCAGCUGCGUCCAGGGCUUUGUGGAGAUCUUUGACAUGCUCCUCGCCGCCACAUCCAGGGUGAGAGAACUCAAGCUGCAGAGGGAGGAGUAUGUCUGCCUCAAGGCCAUGAUCCUCCUUAACUCCAACAUGUGCCUCACCUCUUCUGAGGGCAGCGAUGAGCUGCAGAGCCGCUCCAAGCUGCUGCGUCUUCUCGAUACCGUGACGGACGCCCUCGUGUGGGCUAUCGCCAAAACCGGCCUCACGUUCCGCCAGCAGUACACCCGUCUGGCUCACCUGCUCAUGCUGCUCUCACAUAUCCGCCAUGUCAGCAACAAGGGGAUGGACCAUCUCCACUGCAUGAAAAUGAAGAACAUGGUGCCUUUGUACGACUUGCUGCUGGAGAUGUUGGACGCCCACAUCGUGCACAGCUCCCGGCUGCCCACGAGGGGUUCGCAGCAGGAGGCCACGGAGCAGCAGGAGGAGGUUCCCAACAAUCACGAAGGUUCCACAAGCGCCUCCUCAAAUUGCUGCACUACCAACAACAGUGAUGCCCAGUAGCCAUUCAGUCACCAGUUGGCUUUAUAACGCAUUCACAUGCAAUGAUUUGCAUCACUUGGCCUAAAAUCUGGUUUAAAGAGAGAAGAAAAAAAAAAAAAGACUGAAGUCAGAUUCAGUCAUUGAAUGUACAAUCUCAUGAUUUUCUUUGCACAUCAUCCAAAAUGUAACUCAUGCAGUCCUGUAUUUAUUGCCUUACCGCAUCGAGUCCAUUAAAUACCACCUUUGUUCUUAAUUAGAUGACAACUGGUUCUAUUGUGGAAAGAUAAUCAAAUUUCAGUCACGAUACACAGUGCAAGACAAAAAUAACAAGACGGUUUAUUUAACUCACAAUUGGUCUGUGCAGGGAUCAUCUUGGAGACGCUUUUAUUCUGGGCCAUGUUGUUAGUCUUGAUCGAUCUUUCCUGCUGCUGUGCUUUCGUGUUUACCUCUAAAGAACAUUCUAAUAGGACCCUUUUAUAUAAAACUGAAGGUAGUGCCUUAAAUCCUGCUAUUUCGAUAAACGGAAUAAAAGAAUGACUAACAUUUGCCUUAACUAUGAAUUCAGACAAUCUUAAAAAUUGGACGACCCAUUUGUUUUAUAUAAAAUAAUUUGGGACCAGAUACACAAAAUAGAAGAAAUCGUGAUGAUUUUUAUUGAGUCUGCCUGAAUAUAAAGCCCAAGACAAUUUAGAUAGAACCCACAAAAUGUAGUUAAGUGACAAAUAUCAGCCAAUAUGCAAAGUGCCUUAAAACUGGAGGAUUGUCCAAAUGGCCAGCAGAGGGCGACCUCAUUAAUUGCAAUAUGCAAUAGGUUGAAAUUACCACUCAUUCAAUUAUCAUUUAAUGUUUACAAUGACAUGCCAAAUUGUGCACGGUAGCAGAGAGCUCAGUCCUUCAGACAUCUUUUUUUCAGCUUUUAUUACAUAGGUGAUAAAAGAAACAAAACCGCCUGAACAAAUUUCAAAAAGAAUUUCCAUCAAAAUUCUGCCAGUUUGCUCAAUGCAUUUUCUUCACUUUUUUUUUUUUGGUUAAGUUUAUAACCACUACUGUAUUUCUGACAAAGUUGCACUUACCUGUUAGAAUUUUGAUUAAGGGAAAAAAAAAAAAAAAACACAAUUAUUUUUAUAUGUGGCUAUUGCUGUUGUAUGCACUGUUAAAAAUAAUGAAACGUUCACGGAAUGUUUAGUGAAAAGAAAAAAAAAAAAUGCCAUGGUUGAAAAUAUGUACCAGUUCAGCCUGUCUGCUUUGUGCUA